GCUCUUUUUAGUCGAAGUAACAUGGAGACACCCUGGUUUUUCAUUGCCACUUAUCUGUUGCUACGAAAUCCGGUAACUGGUGUCCAGGGCCUCGACAACUCUACCUUCCAUUGCGAUAUCGACGCACGCUGUGACUGUUCACCAAAAGGAUUAUGGGAUACUAGAUGUCAGCUGAAUGGUUCUACAGGGUCACCAAAGCCUAUGGUGCUCUUCGAAUCCUUGGAUUUGUCGAGGAACGACCUACAGGACAUACCCACAGACUUUCUGGUGAAUCAAACUCAUUUAGUGAACCUGUCGUUAGCUUACAAUCAGAUAUCCGUUAUCAAAGAUGGUGCUUUUGGAAGGUUAUUCAAUGUAACUUUUCUAGAUUUAAGCUUUAACCCACUUCACAAAUGGGAAGGUAACGUCAUCAGCCAGCUUCCAAACCUUAAGACCUUAGUCGUGACCGGGAGUGUCUGGACACCAGAUAGUAACAUCUUGAAAAUUCCAUCUCUCGUAACUGUUUUGGGUGUAACCUGGAGCGACAAAUGCGCGAAUUGUACAUUGUUCAAGGCAGAGGUACCUUUUUCAUUAGCACCAAACGUGGAUCACAAUGAUGAAAGACCAACAAAGAAAUUUUUCGAGCAUGGAUAUUUGAUAUUUUGUCUACAUAAGAGCUGUUCUGCUUUGGCGAUCAAACACCCCAAGCACGACGAAAACAUUAAGACUAUCGACGUUCCGAAGAAACUAUUCUACAGUUCGUAUGUGAUGGGAGCAGUUGCCAUACUACUCAACUUGAUAGUCCUAAUUACUAUCAUUCUUGCGAGAUCUCUUCGCAAAACAACAUCCAUGUUGUUGAUUUUCAACAUGGCGCUAUGUGACUUGUUAAUUGGGAUUUACUCCAUAAUCAUUGGCAAUUUGAACAUUUUCAGUUUUCUCUCCAGUGUUCAGCUUGAGAAGAAAGUCGAGAAGCUUGUUUUUGGGGAUGGAAUUCUCUGUCCGCUUGCUACCGCCAUAUUUACCUCAGCCGAAUGUGUUGCAGCAGUUACUUCUCUUUUAUUAACUGUGGAAAAGUAUUGUUCAAUAGUACACUGCAUGAAUCCCGACAGACGUUUGGGAAAAAAGGUGGCUACGAUGUGUUUGGUGUUUUGCUGGGUUCUAUCGCUCGCAUACGCCAUUUCUCCUGAGUUUCACUUUCUCAAUCUCUCUUAUAGCGCAACAAUGAUGUGCAGCUUCCCAGUGGCGGGACGAGACACAUUUCUUAUCUGCUUGUGCGUUCUCGUGGCAUUUUACAUCGCUAAUAUCCCGCUAUACGUGCGGAUAUUUCUAUUUGUUCGCCACUCAGGUUCUCAAUUGGGGGUGAAAAGGGAAGCCACCAUCCUCAAGAAAAUUGCCCUUGUUGUUGGAAGCAAUUUUAUCUUACUUUUAACACCAAUGAUUUUGAUCCUUACCUUUGUACCCGUUGAAGAUAUCCAUGAUAAGAUUAAACUGAGGAGUGACCGCCAUAAUCAGAUUCUGUUUGUGUUCGGAUUUUGGUUUCCCAUUGCUUGUCUUGGCCUAAACUCCUGCAUAAAUCCAAUUCUGGGUGCUUUUAGGCAAGGAGUGUUCUUGAAACAGAUCAAAAAUGUCUUCAAAUGGCUCAGAAUUCCUCCGUCCUUUGGUGCCCUCCGAAGACAAGGAACUAACAGAUCGCAGUCACAAUUGAGCACUGCUUCAUCUCAGAUAGUUCUUUACAAAGUUACUCAGCUCAGCAGUGUGUGA